AUGGCGAAGCUGCUGCUUGGUGAAGACAUGUCAGGUUCUGGUGAAGGAGUUUGUCCUGCUUUAGCCAUCUCAAACGCUGUUACCAAUUUCUAUGAGCCGUUACAUAGUGAGAAGAAAACCAUGUGGAUAAGAGAAAUAGAAGUUCUUCUCUCUGUUAGUGAUCACAUUGUUGAAUUGGUGCCUUCCUUUCAGAACAUCCCCGAUGGAAGCAAGAUUGAGUGUGUUUUGUUUCUUGAUGUCCUUAGGUUAAAGGAGACCUAUCCUUGCGGACUAUCGUCUGUUUGGAAGCAAGCUUGUAACGGGGGAACGAUCUUUGUUGUUCUCUCUCUCACCACGUUACUUGAUCGAUCAGCGCAGUGGUUCUUAUCUGAUCUCCUUUGUGAUCGUGGGAGGCCUGCUCUUCUGUUUCUCGUGUGA